CCUGCCUGCGCGCUCAGCUGAGUCUCGCCGACCACAACAACAAAAAUGGCGGAGAUGAAUCACCACCACGGCCACCACCACGUCCCGAGAGGCCAUAUUCCCAAUCCCCUGGAUGAGAAGCUCCUCAGGAUUAUCAGGGAGAACUUGACAGACCAGGAGGUACUUUUAUCAGAAGAGGAAAAAUGGAGAUUAGAUCACCUUCGGUUGCACGAGAAGCACAAGGGCCACGAGGAGAUGCAUGCAGAGAUGGUUCUUAUCUUGAUGUUGGUUACUAUAAUAGCACAGAUUGGACUUGUGGCCUGGAAAAAGAAUCAUUAUAAGUCAUAUCAGCUAGUGAGUAUGAUUGGUGUUUGGUUGAUCCCCUUCAUCCUAUGCCUGCAUAACCACUGGUGGCGGUUCAUCUUCAUCUGGCUGGUUUUCUCCUCCAUCACCAUCAUAGUAGUGAAGAAAGCCCUUGAGCGACCACUAGAGCAAACUACGCCCAGACAAGUAUAUAAAUGGUUUCUUCUCAUCUACAAGAUCUGCUGUGGCCUCGGAGUGGUGGGUUACGUAAUCAUUAUGAUAACUAUGAUGGGCUUUAACUUCUUGUUCGGAGUGAAGCCCAGUGUGUGGAUGGACAGUGGCCUUAUCUUUAUUUUCUAUGGACUGUAUUAUGGGGUUCUUGGGCGAGAUAUUGCCGAAGUGUGUGCCGGCAAGAUGGCUUCUCACGUUGGGUACUAUACUCCACAUGGCAUGCCUACACGUACGCUGGAGCCUGGAGUGUGCGCCGUGUGUGGCAACCCACAGCUGGUGCCGGAGGGCGAGGAGGGGAUCAUUGAGAACACCUAUCGGCUCUCUUGUGGUCACACCUUUCAUGAAUUUUGUAUUCGAGGCUGGUGCAUUGUCGGCAAGAAACAGACGUGCCCAUAUUGUAAGGAAAAGGUGGAUCUCAAGAAAAUGUUUUGCAACCCAUGGGAGAAACCCCAUGUGUUUUAUGGACAGUUACUAGAUUGGAUUAGAUUGCUAGUGGCAUGGCAACCAGCAAUUAUUUUCAUUGUUCAAGGCAUCAACAACUACCUUGGUCUCCAAUAAAGCUCAUCAAUGUAGAUAUCUAGUCAUGUUUAAUAUUUUCUUGAGUUGGUAGAAAAUAUGGCCAUUAAACUAAAGCAUUGUUAUUUAUUUGAAUUAAUGUAAUAUUAGAAGGGACUCAUCUCAAGCAAGGUAUUCUGUUCCGGCAACAAGUUCUUCGUAAUUUCUGAUUCAUUGGUUGUACAGGAAACAAACGUCACACUGACACUGUAGGAUGAUCUGAGGUUUUGAAAUUGCCGUGAUCGUUACUCUGUGAGUUUAAUAGGACUAUAGGCAUUCUCAUUAGACAGGAUUAGACAGGGAUUAAAUGGAGAAAUCAUUUUCAUUUUAAAACUGCUGCAAGAUGGAUGCAUACAUUUAAAACCAAACGUCCUUUCAUUUGGUGGCACAAUCAAGAAGGUUAUCAUUUGUUGUUGCAUCUGCAACAAAUGUAUUAUAGGGUGAUGUAGUGUGUUUUUAUAAGUGAACCAUCAAUGAUCAUUUUUCUAUGAAGUUUUUGUUUUUUUAACUACUGUACCUUGGAAUUGGGGGGCUUCCAACCUUUAGAGAUUGACCUUGCCCAUCUGGUCAUGGGCAGUGACGACAGAUGCUCGCGUGUCCUGGCAAGGCUGUUGCGCAUUUCUGCUCUCAAUCUGGCAAUACAAAUAAUUUCAGCGGAAAAGCUAUUUGCAUUUCAAGUGGAUAAGUAUGUGGUGUAGGCACCAUGUAAAGAGCCAACCAAUAUUUUAAUAAAUUUUUUGUUUACCUAAAACAGCAGCUACUUAAUCGUAGUUAAUCGUUGUUGUAGGAAGCGGUAAUUUAAUUUUCAGUCAUUUCAA